AUGGCUCUUCUAACUAAUAAACGAGCCUUUUCUUUGUUUUUCACCCAACGAUGUAAAUAUGAUGUGUUCUUGAGUUUCAGAGGAGAAGAUACCCGCAAUGGUUUUACUAGCAAUUUGAAUGGUAUUUUGCGUCAUAAUGGUAUUAACACCUUCAUGGAUGAUGAGCUCCAAAGAGGAGAGAAAAUUUCCACUGAACUUUUCGAAAUUAUUGAAAGUUCAAAGAUUUCGAUAAUUGUAUUCUCUAAAAACUAUGCAACUUCCACUUGGUGUUUGGAUGAACUUGUCAAAAUUCUCGAAUGUAAAAAGAAUGGCCAAGUGGUGUUUCCGGUUUUUUACAAGGUAGAUCCAUCAGAAGUACGUAGCCAAAAGGGAAAGUUUGGAGAAGCACUGGCAAAACAUGAAGAAAAUUUCAAGUAUGACAUGAACAAGGUGCAAAGAUGGAGGGUUGCUCUAAAUGAAGCUGGCAAUUUAUCUGGUUGGCAUUACAAAAAUGACCGCCCUCAAUUUAGGUUUAUCCAAGAAAUUUUUGAAGAGAUCUCAAGUGCUAAAUUAAAUUGUUCGCAAGUAUUUGUUGUUAAAUACCCAGUUGGAAUAGACUCUCGCGUAGAGGAAAUAAGUUGUUGCUUAGAUAUUGAGUCAAAUGAUGUUCGCAUGUUAGUGAUCCAUGGUCUUCCAGGAAUAGAUGUUGCAAAAGAUGGCAAAUUAUUGAUGCAUGACUUGAUACAACAAAUGGGUUUUGAAAUUGAUCGACAAGAAGCAGAAGUGUCAAAAAAACAUAGAAGGCUAUUAUGUUAUGAGGAUGCUCUCGAAGUACUAAAUGGAGAUACGGGAUUAGGUGAAAUUCGAGGCAUAACAUUGUCCUUGCCACAACCAAAAAAGAUGCAAUUGAAUAUUGGAAAGAUGAAAAAUCUCAAAUAUUUAACAAUUCGUAAUGUAAUUUGUGAAGACCUUAAAUCUCUUCCCAAUGGGUUAAGGUUACUUGAUUGGAAAGAAUUUCCUUUAUUGUCCUUGCCGUCCACCUUUGAACCUACAAAACUAGUUGCACUUAACAUGCGAGAGAGCCAUAUUGAAUUGGAUGAGCAUUUCGAGAGGUGUCGAUUUGAAACAUUGAAAUAUAUGGAUUUGGCAUAUUGUAAAAAUAUUACAAAAUUGCCCGACUUAUCAGUGAUUGCGCCAAACAUAAAGGAGUUGGAGCUUCUCAGAUGCAUAAAUUUAGUUGAGGUUCAUCAGUCUGUUGGACUUCUUGAAAAUCUUGAAUACUGGAAUCUCCAUGAAUGCCCAAAUCUUAGAAUUUUACCAACAAAGCUCCAGUUGAAAUCUCUUAAAAGCUUUUUUCUCUUUGGUUCUAAAAUUCUUGAGCAAGGAACAGAAAGAUUAGCGUUGCUUUCAUCAAUAGGAUAUCUCACUGGCCUUCGUGAGUUAACAAUAAGUUUUAAAAAUGGGAGAGAUGUUCCAAGUAACAUCUCUGAUUUACAAAAUCUUAGGUGGCUUUCUAUGUAUGAUUGUGAUGAAUUUCCAAAAGCCAUGGAUACCCCUGGUUGCUUCCCCUAUUUAGAACGUCUAGAUAUCUCUUACAGCAACAUUACUACCCUCCCUGAAAUUUCUAUCAUAUUUCCCCAAUUAAAGAUUCUAGGGCUUUACUGUUGCUGGAACGUUUCGAAAAUUCCAACACUUCCACAUUGUAUACAAGAUGUAGAUGCAACAGGGUGUAAUUCGUUGAAUUCACAAUCAAGAAGAGGAUUAUUGAAUCAGUUUGGAGAAUUUAUAGGGCUUCAACAAAAUAUCAUAUGUGCAAAGGGAAUACAACAUCAGGAUUCUGAUUCUGAAACAAAAUUUGAAUCUGUAUCAGAAUUUGAACUCGAUGAAGCUACAUUUGAAAUGGACUCAACAUGGAAACUUUAUGAUUCUUAUUCAUUUACACUUCCAGGAACUAAGAUUCCAAAGUGGUGGUUCGACCAUCAAAGUGUUGGAAGUUCCUUAUCAAUCUCGGUUGGUCAGAAACUUCCAUCAUUCGCUUCUUGUGUUGCACUAAAAUUGGAAUUGAAGGAUGAUGAAUAUCGUAUGUUUACCUGUUCUGUCUACAUGUGCAUCAAUGGUUUUGAAAGAUGUCUUGUGGAUUUUAAAUUUCAAUUAGAUCCAGGGGAUUGGAAUGACAUUGAGAUUCGAUUUGAAUGUUCAAAAUAUGAUCCUAAAAUGGCAAAAAUUACAAUAGAAAGGUGCAGAGUCCAUGUAUCAUGCAUUUGUACUCCUUGCAACUUCGCAACAAAUGAGGAUGUUGAAGAAAAUGAGAACCUCUUGAUUGAACUUCCAACAAAUAUGCCAAGUUGUGGUGAUGAAAAUUCUUUAGGAGGCAUGAAAGGAAGCACAUCAAGCAUUUGA